GCAGUGGAGGGGGCGGGGCCUGGGACUCUUUGCCGUGUGCGCCCCAUACGUGUGUCCCUCACUCGUUGCUGCCGAUCUGCAUCGUGCGCUUGUCCGCCUGCCCCCGCAGAAAUGCUCCGGUUGUCUACAGUCCUUCGUCAGAUAAGGCCAGUGUCUAGGGCACUGGCCCCCCACCUGACACGUGCUUAUGCUAAAGACGUCAAAUUUGGAGCAGAUGCCCGAGCUUUAAUGCUUCAAGGUGUAGAUCUUUUAGCUGAUGCUGUUGCCGUUACUAUGGGGCCAAAGGGAAGAACUGUGAUCAUUGAACAGAGUUGGGGAAGUCCCAAGGUAACAAAAGAUGGUGUGACUGUGGCAAAAGCGAUUGACUUGAAGGACAAAUAUAAAAACAUUGGUGCCAGGCUAGUUCAGGAUGUUGCCAAUAAUACAAAUGAAGAGGCUGGGGAUGGCACUACCACUGCCACAGUCCUUGCACGAUCCAUUGCUAAGGAAGGCUUUGAGAAGAUUAGCAAAGGAGCAAAUCCAGUGGAAAUCAGGAGAGGUGUGAUGUUGGCUGUUGAUGCUGUCAUUACUGCGCUUAAGAAGCAGUCUAAACCUGUCACAACACCUGAAGAAAUUGCUCAGGUUGCUACAAUUUCUGCAAAUGGAGACCGAGAAAUUGGCAACAUAAUAUCUGAUGCAAUGAAAAAGGUUGGACGGAAGGGUGUCAUCACAGUAAAGGAUGGAAAAACAUUGAAUGAUGAAUUGGAAAUUAUUGAAGGCAUGAAGUUUGACAGAGGCUAUAUCUCUCCAUAUUUUAUUAAUACAGCUAAAGGUCAGAAAUGUGAAUUCCAGGAUGCCUAUGUUCUCUUAAGUGAAAAAAAGAUCUCUAGUGUCCAGUCUAUUGUACCUGCACUUGAAAUUGCAAAUGCUCACCGUAAGCCUUUAGUCAUAAUUGCUGAAGAUGUUGAUGGAGAAGCACUAAGUACACUGGUUUUGAACAGGCUAAAAGUUGGGCUGCAGGUUGUUGCAGUAAAAGCUCCAGGAUUUGGUGACAACAGGAAGAACCAGCUUAAGGAUAUGGCUAUUGCUACUGGUGGUACAGUGUUUGGAGAAGAGGGAUUGGCUCUGAAUCUUGAGGAUAUUCAAGCUCAUGACUUUGGAAAAGUUGGAGAGGUCAUUGUGACAAAAGAUGAUGCCAUGCUUUUGAAAGGAAAGGGUGAAAAAUCCCAAGUUGAAAAACGUGUUCAAGAAAUCAUUGAACAAUUAGAGGUUACCACUAGUGACUAUGAAAAAGAAAAGUUAAAUGAACGUUUGGCCAAACUUUCUGAUGGAGUAGCUGUAAUAAAGGUUGGUGGAACAAGUGAUGUCGAAGUGAAUGAAAAGAAAGACCGGGUUACUGAUGCACUUAAUGCUACACGUGCUGCUGUUGAAGAAGGCAUAGUUCUGGGAGGUGGCUGUGCAUUGCUUCGAUGCAUUCCUGCCUUAGAAACAUUAACUCCAGCUAAUGAAGAUCAAAAAAUUGGAAUAGAAAUGAUUAAGAAGACAUUGAAAAUCCCUGCAAUGACCAUUGCUAAGAAUGCGGGUGUUGAAGGUUCAUUGAUAGUAGAGAAAAUUUUACAAAGCUCAUCAGAGAUAGGUUACGAUGCCAUGCUUGGAGAUUUUGUGAAUAUGGUUGAAAAAGGAAUAAUUGACCCAACUAAGGUUGUAAGAACUGCUUUGUUGGAUGCUGCUGGUGUAGCUUCUCUGUUAACUACAGCAGAAGUUGUUGUUACUGAAAUACCUAAAGAAGAGAAAGAACCUGGCAUGGGAGGGAUGGGUGGAAUGGGCGGAGGCAUGGGAGGCGGCAUGUUCUAAUUUCCUAGAAUAAUGCUCUAUCAUUAUGAUUUGUGAUGCAAGCAAGACUCAAGGCAGUGUUCUUCGCUAACUUCAGAGAAGUCAGUUGGAGAAAGGACUGAAGUAAAGGCUGAUGUUCAAGAAAAUCACUAUAACCAUCAGUUACUGGUUUCAGUUGACAAAAUAUGUAAUGGUUUACUGCUGUCAUUAUCCAUGAUACAGAUAAUUUAUUUUGUAUUUUUUGAAUAAAGACAUUUGUACAUUCCUAAUACUGGGUGCAAGAUCCAUGUACCGAUGUUCUGCUUUCAACUUAAACCAGCUGAAGCAAUUUUACUAUUAUUCUGUUAAAUUGGAAUUUUAGCAUUUGCCAUCACUAGAAGGAAAGUUCAGAAGCAGCCUUUCUGUGCAGACGAAGACUAAUUAAAAUUGUGUACAAAGUAGAGAAAUACCAAUUAUGUGAUGACCUUUGUGUAAUAAAAUUGUUUAAAGUUAAUAAUUGUAUUAUCUUAUUCCUGUGUACUGGUAGAGCUAAAAGUAUAAGAAAAUAAAAACCCAUUUACCAGA